CAGGCACCUAUCAAUUCACUACCUUGGCUAUUUUAUUGGCAUCUCUUAAAUAAUAGGGAUGGGAAGGUAGCCGAUUUUAAUUUUCUACAAACCUCCAAAGACGUUAACACAAUGACGAGAAAUACGCCACCUGAUUAUUAUGCAAUCCUUGAGGUUUCAGAGAAGGCCUCUGCUUCGCAAAUCCGAGAUGCGUAUAAGCGGGCUGCUCUGAAGACACACCCCGAUCGGGUCGCCAACGACUCGCCCGAUCGUGAGCAGAGGACUCGACGCUUCCAGCUCGUCAAUGACGCAUACUAUACCCUCUCCGACCCUACCAGACGACGAGAAUACGACGACCAGCGAGGAUACUACCACGUGCCGCCGGCAUCGGAUCCCUUUUCAGACGCAGAAGACUCUACGGGGCAGAGCUAUUCGUGGGCAUGGGAGCACUUUGAGAAUAGGAACGGCGGCACCACCCCGAGUGGCCGCCAAGAAGCAGAAAAUGCACAGUUUAGCGAUGCCUUUGAGGAGAUGAUGCGAGACGAGGGGUUCUCCGAAGAUGGAACUCCAAACCAACAAGGCACCGGCUCGACCAUGUGGGGUAUGGUCGGUGCAGUCAGUGGCGGCGCUCUGGGAUUCAUCGUCGGCAAUGUCCCUGGAUUGCUCGCCGGAGCAGUGGCCGGCAACCGACUCGGAGCGGUCAGAGACGCAAAGGGGAAGAGCGUAUAUGAAGUCUUCCAGGAACUUCCCCAAGCCGAUAGGGCGAGAUUGUUGAGCCAACUGGCUGCAAAGGUAUUCAGUCAUGUUGCUAGCCCUUAAUGACGGGGAAGACGCAAUGGGU